GAGCCGUUGAGAGUUGAGCUCGGCCCGGGGCCGGGGGUCUUAUUCCAUUCAAUACAAAAACCAAGCACAAGAAAAAGGAAAGCAGGGGAGGGGGGGAUGGAAGGGAAAUGAAAUGACCCAAGUGGAUUUCGCAGUCAAAGGAGGAAGAGCCUCCUAAAUCCUAAUCCUUGCCUAUAUAGUGUGCUGUGUGCCUCCUCCCCUCCUCCCCUCUUAAUAAAACGCCACUGGUUUUUCCACCCAUCUCAACUUCUUCUUCUUCUUCUUCUUCUUCUUCUUUCUCCCAACCGAAUCUGAAUCCAUCCCUCUCUCUCUUCUUUUCGCUUGCUCCCCAUCCCCGCUGAUCUUGGAUCUGUACGGAUCUCGGCCUUCGUUCCCUCUCAGCUCUGCUCGGGACCUAGCUUAAGGGGAAAAAGGGAAGCGACCACAAGGGGAGGGUGGAAGAAAAAAGAUGCCCAGAAGAAGCGGAGAGAGGCCACAUCGUGGCGAGCUUCAACGAGGCGGAGCAGGACGGCGACGGCAACGGCAACGGCAAGAGGGGAGGAGGAGAGGGCGGCGGCCGAGGAGCCGCAGCCCUUCUUUCAGCGUCAAGAGCAUGCUCUGGCACGGCGGCUCCGUUUGGGACGCCUGGUUCACUGCGCCUCCAAUCAAGUGGCGCAGGUGCUGCUGACGCUGCCGUAUUCGUUCUCGCAGCUGGGGAUGCUGUCGGGGGUGCUGCUGCAGCUGUUCUACGGCUUCAUGGGCAGCUGGACCGCCUACCUCAUCAGCGUCCUCUACGUCGAGUACCGCGCCCGCAAGGAGAAGGAGAACGUCAGCUUCAAGAACCACGUCAUCCAGUGGUUCGAGGUGCUGGAUGGCCUGCUGGGCCCUUACUGGAAAGCCGCCGGCCUCGCCUUCAACUGCACCUUCCUCCUCUUCGGCUCCGUCAUACAGCUCAUCGCUUGUGCCAGCAACAUAUACUACAUAAACGACCGGCUGGACAAGAGGACGUGGACGUACAUCUUCGGGGCGUGCUGCGCCACCACGGUGUUCAUCCCCUCCUUCCACAACUACAGGAUUUGGUCCUUCCUCGGCCUCGGCAUGACCACCUACACCGCCUGGUACCUCACCAUCGCCGCCCUCCUGCACGGCCAGGUGGAGGGCGUGAUUCACUCGGCUCCAGCCAAGCUCGUACUGUACUUCACCGGCGCCACCAACAUCCUCUACACUUUCGGCGGCCACGCCGUCACCGUGGAGAUCAUGCACGCCAUGUGGAAGCCGCAAAAGUUCAAGUACAUCUACCUGCUGGCGACGCUGUACGUUUUUACGCUAACGCUGCCAUCGGCAGCGGCCGUGUACUGGGCAUUCGGUGACCAGCUGCUGAAUCACUCCAACGCGUUCUCUCUGCUGCCCAAGUCCGGGUUCAGGGAUGCUGCGGUGAUCCUCAUGCUGAUCCACCAGUUCAUCACCUUCGGGUUUGCCUGCACCCCGCUCUACUUCGUGUGGGAGAAGGUGAUCGGAAUGCAUGACACCAAGAGCAUCUGCCUUCGGGCGCUGGCUCGAUUGCCGGUGGUGAUCCCCAUCUGGUUCUUGGCAAUCAUCUUCCCCUUCUUCGGGCCCAUCAACUCGGCCGUCGGCGCGCUUCUCGUCAGCUUCACCGUCUACAUUAUUCCCUCCCUCGCCCACAUGCUCACUUACCGCAAGGCCUCAGCCAGAAUGAACGCCGCGGAGAAACCCCCUUUCUUCCUACCUAGCUGGACGGGCAUGUACGUGGUGAACGCAUUCAUUGUGGUGUGGGUGCUGGUGGUGGGAUUCGGGCUUGGCGGAUGGGCCAGCGUGACCAACUUCGUGAAGCAGGUCGACACGUUCGGCCUCUUCGCCAAAUGCUAUCAGUGCCCGAAGCCACCCACCCCGGCCGCCCCAGCCCCGCUGCAGCAUCCAUAAAAUUCAGACUUAUUACCUUAACUCCCUUAAUAGCAGUCCCCCUCUUCACACCUAAGAAGUUUGCCUCCUCUCCGUUUUUUGGGUCACCACCUGUAACAUACAGCAGAAAGGUGCGAAGCUAGCAUCAGAAGUGGGGCCCCCUCUACUGCUGCUCCCGCCCUUCUGGUCCUCCUCAAUUUGCCUCUUCUUUUGGCUUCUCAAUUAAUUAGUUUGGCUUUCCCCAUAUGAUGAUGUUUCCCUUUUUUUUCUUAUUUGAUAUUUGAUAUAAUAUAUACUUUUUAGUUUGGUAUAUGUUUAUGGUAUUGGUGAUGAUUCCGUCUGCCGGCGAAAAGCAAAUUCAAAGGCCCUUGUCAUCAAUUUUGGGCCUUCUUCCUGAUAACGCUUCCUUUGUUAUAAACAUAGCCGCUACUUGCUACGGCAUUUACAAAUA